ACUGGCCACUGAAAAAUCCACCAGAACAACAGUCAUUCUUUUGACACCGCCCACGACCAUCCUUCUUUCGGUGUUGUUGUGAUAACCUACUCUGAGACUGUAUUGGAAUAAGCAAGAGAAAGCUCGGCUCCAUUUCCAUUAUUCUUGUUCUGCCCUUCAUAAUUUUCGGGCCUGGAAGUAUCUCUGUUUGUUUCCACUGACCUUGUAAGCAGCACCAGCAUCACCAUGGCUUCAAAGGAGGAUAUUGACAUCUCGUGCAACAGUCACACCGAGUUUCUCGAAGAUGGUACAUCGGACCCUACCCGAAUGCAAGUCCGCAGGCUCGACGCUGUGGAUGAGGAGGGGGGCUACAAAGAAGGCGAAGAAGUCAAACAACCCUGCAAGUGGCAUUCACGGUAUGUGAUUGGUGCUACGGUAGUGGGCGUCACCGUUGUUUUUGCAAUGUUCUUGAUCAACUGGUUGAAGUAG